UGUACGUCAUGGCUGAAGGUCCCGAACCACUAGCUAGCUAAACUUUCGCUUUCCCUCUGCUAAACAAAGUGAACAUGGCGACGUUUUUCGGUGAAGUUCUGUCGGUGUAUUCUCGGGCCGUGGAGGAAGACGAGGAGGAGCUCGACGAAAACGAAGAAGAUGAAGAAAUCCGCAGAGAACUGGAGGAAAAGAGGGAGGUUCAUCUGCACUGGAGCCCUGAGGUCUCUGAGUCGCUGAAGUCCGGAAACAAGUUGCAGUGCUCCGACUUCCUCCUCGCUGUGGGACACAACGCUACCAGUGAGUGGCUGCCAGCAGCUGUAUGCUACAUUACCUGUUAUGAGUCUAACAGAACACCAGAUAUUAUUACCCAUCAAAUGAAACUUUAAUGUUCCCCGACAGGAAAUUGAAACGUACAGUAGUCCAGUGACACGGGUUUCAAGGAAUGUGUUUACAUCUUCUUCUUUUAAGACAAUACGCUCAGUAACGAGCAAAUACUUUGAUUGGUAAUAAACACAAUUUGUUAAACAUUAUAAUCUCUACAAAUUGUUUAACCUACAGGCGCUAUUAAUAUGAAUAAAAGCUACUUAACUGCUUCAACAUGUGUUAUGCACUGUUGGUGCUUAU